AAUAGAUCCUUCUUUCUCCCCAACCCUUGUGUGCUAGCGAGCUUCUUAUUACCUUCAUUUCCCCCAAAGUAUUUCUCUCUCUGCCUUGGUUUUUCUUCUAUGUCUUAAAAAGUGAGAACCUUUAGGUAUUUUUCAAGUCUGACAACUUCAUCAAUUACUGGCUGGAUUUCUUGUGAGGAGUGAUUGCGGAAAUGGCAUCGGGUGGUUUCGAAGAGGAUGACGCUGAGGGAACUAUAACGAUCAAUGAAUAUAUCGAACGCAUGGACGCAGAAGAGCUGGCAGCGGAUUUGGUGUUGGGUGGAGAUGAGGGAGAUGAGUGUACUUACCCCAAGGGUUACAUGAAAAGACAAGCAAUUUUCUCAUGCAUUACAUGUACACCAGAGGGGGGUGCUGGUAUUUGCACUGCUUGUUGCCUAUCUUGUCAUGAUGGCCAUGAGCUUUUGGAGCUGUGGACUAAGAGAAAUUUUCGAUGUGAUUGUGGGAACUCCAAGUUUGGAACUUUAGCGUGUAAGCUUCUCCCUAGCAAAGAUAUAGAAAACUCUGAGAAUUCUUACAACCAUAAUUUCAAAGGCUUGUACUGCACUUGCGGCCGACCUUACCCUGACCCAAAUGUGGAAGAACAAGUGGAGAUGAUACAGUGCUGUCUCUGUGAGGAUUGGUUUCACGAGGAGCAUCUUGGUCUCAAACCUUCAGACAGUGUUGGUAGCCAGAUUCCAAGAGAUGAAGAAGGCGAGCCGAUCUAUGAGGAUUUCAUUUGUCAAAACUGCUCUCCACUUUGUUCGUUUCUGACACGUUAUCCUGAGAAAUUGUGGGUUGCUGCUCAAGUAGAUUCCACAGGUUGUGCUAAUGCUUGUUCAGAGACAGUUGAGUCAAACAAAACCCACAUGGAUUCGGAACCCGGCCAGCUAGAGAACAGUACUGAAGCCGAGAAAUCUGUGAUGCGUAAAUGUUCUGAGAAGAUCAGUAAAUCUGAACCUGGCAAUCUUGAGAACAGUUCUGAAGCAGUGGAAUCUGUUGUGCAAAAAUGUUCUGAGAAGAUCAUUGACUCUGAACCCGUUCCUGCCAAUGGUUGUGCUAUUGGGACGGAUAUAAACUCCUUUCCUGAUUUUGAGAAGAAACCUUUGUUUUUGUCCAAAAACUGGAGGAACAUCCUAUGCAGAUGCGAAAAGUGUCUUGAGAUGUAUAAGCAGAGAAAGGUAAGCUAUUUACUUGAUGCAGAGGAUACAAUUGUUGAGUACGAGAAGAAGGCGAAAGAGAGAAGAACAGAGAAACUGGAGAAACAAGAAGGUGAAGCACUUGAUCUUUUGAAUAAUCUCGACCACGUAGCCAAAGUUGAAAUCCUUCACGGUAUCAAAGACUUCAAAGAUGAAUUGAAGGGUUUACUGGAGUCUGGUAGUGGUGGGCCGUCAAAGGCGAUAACAUCUGCAGAUAUCGACCAAAUGUUUUCAAAUCUGAAAAACAAACGCAAAAGGAUGGAGUGAGAGGAGAGUUAUGAGAUUUUAAGGUAGUAAAACUCUUUUUUCAUCUGAUGGUAACUUUCUUUAGAUAUGUUGUUUCGUUAGUUUGAAAUGGGAAGUGAGGAGGUUCCUUGUUCCUCUGCUCUGGUCUAUCUUUAUUUUCUAAGUUAGGCAAAAAAAAAACUCUUUACUUCAGUGUAUGAGGUUUGUAGCGUAAUUGUAACAGUUGACUAUUAUAUAUAAGCUAUUAGUUCUAGAACUACUAUUUACUAUUUUUCAA